CCUCCUCCAGGACGACCUGCGCUGGAUGGCGGCUAUGUGGGCGGGCCAGGCGGGCGCGUCGCGCGGCGUGGCCCUCGAGUACCGCACGCCCGAGACGGUGGCCGCCCCGCUGACAGUUACCCUCGAGCUGCCCUGCGACCAAAUGCGGCUUAUCUGGGCCAGUGUCCAUGACGCGACGCUGCCCGAAAUGUCGCGGGAGGAGAUGGACCGUUUCCACCGCGUGCUGGCGGCCGAGGCCAACAGUGCCGUGGGUCUGCCGCUGGGCGCGCUCGACCUCAGCCGCCUGGUCACGCCACUGGCCACCGUGUACGCCGACGGACGCAUCCGGUUCAGCUCGGGAGAAGCCAUGGAUCGCUGUCUGAGCUUCCUCCGACAGCUGGCCCGCGAGUUUUUCGACGCGUGAACUCGCCGGCCGAGCCCUGCUCUGCCGGCGCCGGCGGUCGUGAUGUGUCAUUGAUGCUCCGGACUAAAGAGCCGAUGCUGAGUCUGGACGCUCGUGUCUUCGCUGUUUGCUGCUGUGUUCCCAAAUACAUCUCAAUGAAUGUG